AUUCGAUUCCAAAUAGUCACAGAAACUUCUUUCCUUCAAUAAACUCAAUGCGCCCUUUUAUCUUUUCUUCUUCAUUCUUCAAACCCAUCAUUUCUUCAAACCUUCUUUGGGAUUCAUCAUUCUUUUCUAAAAUUUUAAAGUUUAACUAGCCACACAUGCAUACAUCAAAAGAAACCUUUAAGGAAAUAUUAAUUUCCGCUGGUUUUAGAGGGAGCAGACGAUCUCUGAGUUCUAAGGAAGGACAGUCUACUAAACAGAAGGCCAAAAUUCUCCAUCCCCCUAUCGAAACUUUUUGGCAGUUACCUUCAACAAAGGAGCGCAAGAGAUCUACCAAACCAGAAACCGUGAAAACAAUGAUGUCAUUGCCAUUUAAGAAGGGAGUACAAAAGAGCAAAAGCUUGCAAACAAUUCUUGAAGGAUCACAUGAUCCUAAAGAUGAACAAAUUGUUGACUCAUUUCGUCAGUUGCUUUUUCUUGAGGGUCAGCUUCCAGGAAAAAACAGUGACUACCAUACACUUUUAAGAUUUCUUAGAAUGAGGGACUAUGAUCUUAUAGAGGCAAAAAAUAUGUAUUUGAACUAUCUGAAGUGGCGAGAGGAGUUUCAUGUGGAUGAAAUUUCCGAGGAACUCAAGUUUGAGGAAUUCAAUGAGGUUAAAAUGUGUUAUCCUCAUGGCUUUCACGGAGUAGAUAGAUGUGGUCGACCAGUUUACAUUGAAAGAAUUGGAAGGGUAAAUCUCAAUAGGCUCCUUGAAGUAACUACGAUUGAAAGAUUUGUGAAAUAUCAUGUGUAUGAACAAGAGAAAACCUUGAACUGGAGAUUCCCUGCAUGUUCACUUGCUGCGAAGAAACAUAUAGCUUCCACUGUUAGCAUCUUGGAUGUGAAGGAUGUGGGGAUGUCGAAUUUUUCAAAGCCUGCAAGGUAUCUCUUUUUGGAAAUCCAGAAGAUUGACAGUCACUAUUAUCCAGAGACGUUGCAUCGCCUAUUUAUCAUUAAUGCUGGAUCUGGAUUUAAGGUCCUGUGGAAAGCAAUCCGAACAUUUCUUGAUCAACGUACCCUAGCAAAAAUUCAAGUGCUUGGGAGCAACUACUCAAAAACCUUACUUGAAGUUGUUGAUCCAAGUAAUCUUCCAGAUUUUCUUGGUGGUGAGUGCACAUGUUCCGACUAUGGAGGUUGCCUCUUUAGCGACAAAGGACCGUGGAAGGACCCUUCAAUCAUAAAUAUACUUCAGGCAAUGCAUGGAGCCGAAGGAGAGAAUGGCGAUGAAGAACAGAAUGGUUUUACUGCAAUAGAUUCCUUUGGUGGUGUUACCCCGGAUACUGUACUACAUCUCAAGGAUGUCUAUGAUGUUACUCCAACAAGAGAUGAUACAUUUGGGCAGCCAUUUCUACAGAAGAUCCUAACACUUCAAUGUGUUGUCGAUGACACAAAAUCGAAAAUCCAGGCAUUGGAAGCAUCACUUAAGAUCACGAAGUCGGUGAUGGAAGGACUUGGACAACCCGUGGAAGAGCUGAAAAAGCAGAUUAUAGUAUCAAAGAGAAGGUCCUGAGUUACCAAAUAAAGAGUUUUCAAUUUUUUUUUUUUGAAGUUUCUUGGUGCUGUCGAUUGUCUUUAAAUAAAAAAGAGUGAAUAUGUUUAAUAAGGCAGCUAUAUACAGACAAAAUCCAAGUAAAAGAAUAAGUUAUCUUUAAAUUUUUGUCUAGUGUUGCAUCCUACCAAUUAAUGUAUGAUCAUGUUUAU